CAAGGGUUUCUGAUCCGUACCUCUCCUCACAAACCCUUGACAGAUUUAGCGAUAAAAACUGUGGCUAAUUUUCAUUGGUUCCAAGGGUAAAGCUUGGAUCCAAUGAAAAGAUAUCUCUCAUAAUCAAAUACGUCAUGCAAAAACAGUAAUGGCUGCCUCCGUAAGUGGAGGCAUGUGCCGACUGUGUUGGGGUCCGGUACCAUUAAAAUACCGGCGAUUAAUCUUUUCAUCAUCAUUUAAGGUUUUAAAACAACUGACAGAAGUUCUGAAUUACAGCCCGAGUCAAAAUGACGGACAUUCCCAUUAUUUGUGUUAUGUACGUUUCAACAAAUUGAACAAAUUAGAGAAAAUUGACUUUGACGUUGAAAAUAAGUUAAACGCAUUAGCUGUGGAAAAAGCUUCCAUAUUACAAGAAUUACGGAACAAAAAUACUGUAAAUAAACUAUCGUCGAGGGCAAUAGAGACGUCCGUAUCAACGAAGGCUUCAGUUGGAAUUUCCUCGCGUGUGGUUACAUGUCCCGUCACCCCUACAAAAUGUAUUAACCGCACCAAAAGGACAAUUCUCCACACUCCAACCCCACGCAAAUCCAAGGUGCAUAUUCUUGGAACACCCAGGAAAACAGUGUUGCAGAUGGAAACUUCAGCUUCCUCCAGAAAGCGGCCUCAACAAUUGCUGUUCUCCCCAAUGAAAGCCAAGAUAUCAUACAGAGGACAAAAUGACAGAAAAGUUCGGACAAAAAUAAUAAGAGAGAAAGGACUGUAUAGUGUGAUGGUGGGAAUUGUCAGAGGCAAUAAACCAGAGGUCAUUCUUAAUAAACUGGUGAAAGUUAAAAACUUUAAAGAGAAGGCAGUGAAAGUUCUUUCAAAGUGUGUGAAAGAAGAAUGUAAACUUCUUUGUGGUAAAAAUGAUCCUUCAAUUUUGAGGGGCAAUACCUCUGAGGACAUAAUUUCAAUUGAUUUUCUAAAAAUUGCAAAUGAACUGAAAGAGAAAGCUCCAGCCUUCUCCCAGAUACUGGAGGAUACUAUGAACACUACCAAGCCUGUAGCUUUGGUAUCUUCAGCAGCAGUUAUUUUGCACCACAGAAACCAAAAUAUGUCACUUAUUCACCAUGCUGUAGGUCAGUUAUUAGACCAUGGUGGAGCCACUGAUGAAACAAUAGAUUUGCUUAGAUGCCUUGGAUUUUCUGUGGGCUGUUCAGCUACUCACAAGAAGCAUGUUUCACUGAUUGACAUUCAGAAGAAGAAGAUAGAGAACACAAUUCUAUGUCAGGUGCAUCAAUCAAGUCUUCAGUUCAACAAGAAGAAAACCAAAGAAAUGGUAUCUGCACUCCAUGAGCAAGAUGUGACUGAUAGUUCCAGUUAUUUCACAGACUCCAGUCAGCAAGGUAUAUGUUCUAGAGUGACAAUGCACUCAUACUUUGACAUGAACUUUUCAACUGCCUACGUCAGUGACACAGCCACUGCUAAGUCAAAUAUGUCAUGCUACACAACAGAUUCAUGCAACUAUACAUGUACAUCUACCGUCCCACAAGCUUGCCAUCUUCUGCCACUUAAUAUAUUCACUAAAGUUGGGUUGGUACAAUGUCCUGCUGUGUCCAUGUGCUCAAGCUUUGAGGUAGAUCCAAGUAGUUGUGUUGCCCAGUCAAAUGACAAGUCCACAAAAUGUUAUGGGGAGAAGUACAUUUCUCGAAUUGAAAGUCAGUUAAAAGAAUCUGAAAUUCAGCCCCCGUUCGAUAUAAUUGGUGACAAUUUGGACAUUCUUAAAUCGACUUCUUCUAUGACAAAAGAAAAUCAAAGGAAAAGUUUUCACUGGUUUAUCUUAGUUGGUUUACAACGAAGAGUGCUAGAUUCAACUAUGCUGGAUGAUAAACCCAAGCAUGACAUUUUAUCACUACCAAACCAUUCAUUUUUACCCAAUGCCCAAGACAUCAAUAUUUUGGAAAGAAACAUGAACCAUCAUAUACUGAAGGUUAUCACAAGACAUGUUAAAUGCUUAAAGUCUUUUGCUCAUUGUGUUCCAAAACACAUCGAUCAUCCUUUCAUGGAGGAAACCUCAAAAAAGUCAACUCAUUUCAUACUUGAUUUGCUUGACAAAAAUGAAAAUUUGCAUGAUGACAUAAUUAGCAUAUUGGAGCACAUUCAUCAGAAGUAUAUAGCACAUACUCUUGGGGAAAAAGCAGAAGUUUUAGAAAGGAAAGUAUUUGGUGGUGAUGUGCUUACUAAUGAGCGAGCAUACACAGCACAACUCGCAAUGCAGAACUGUGAAACAGAUUAUUACAAACUGGGAGGACUUAUUCACAGACCAGAGGGCCUUCACAGAAUGAUGAACUUUUUGCUGGUAUUCCCCUUGGUUGAUAUUCUGUUCCUGUUCUAAGAAUUGGUUCAGUUCCUGUUUUGGAGUUGUUGGUUAUUUGGAUGGUUUCUGCUUGUGUUUGUUACUCUUGUAAGUGUUCCAUUAUCAUUAUUUUAUUACAAGUUAGAUGAAUUACUGUAGAAUUAUUAUUAUUUGUGAUUUCAAGAUUUUUGGAUACUCACCUGUGAAUUUACAUCCUUGAUAAAUGAAUUUAUUAUUCAUUUUUAAACAAGAUAGUAAAAAUUCUAUGAGCCUCAAGUUUAAUAUAAAAAAUACAAUGAAUUAAAAAAAAAAUAACCCCCACACAUAUAAGUGAUUCCACAGUCAAAAUGCAUAGGUAUUGAAAAUGGAUGCUGGUAGUUUAGCCACCACUUUUUUUAUUAAACACUUUACUUUAAUCCAUUAUAUACAAUUUCCCAAGUGUUAUGCAAUGCCUUAGUAUGAUGCUUCAGGUUUGUUUGCAUGAAAUUUGAAAUUUAACUAACAUUGCAUAUUGUUCACAAAUUAAAGCCUACUAACAGUUGAAGUGAAAGAAUUUGUAAUGUUUGAAUUGUCAAAUUUACUUCAAAAGAAUCAACUAUUUUUUUUUCUAUGGCACAUCAAUCAUAAAAAGUAAAAAUCUGAUGAAUUAUGUUUUCUAAAAAGGCAUACUUUGUUAAUAUAUAUAUUUCAUAUCAGUAGUCAGUACAUGUAUAUCGGGGAUAUUAUUUAAUAUUUUUGCAAUUCAUUUUAUUAAUCUGAUACAUGUAUCAAUAAUUGCUCUUGUAUUUUCUUGACUAGUUUAUAUACCAGGAGUUCUACAAACCAUCCUCUGCAUUUGAACAAGGAACACUCUAUCAACUUCGAAAUGUCAUUCACAGAGUGGAUGUUACUGGAAAAGAUAAAGUUGUUGAAGCAUACAGAGCUCAUUAUGCUUUUGUGGAGGAUGC